CCUUCCAGAUCCGUCGCCGCCCGGCGCCCGUCUCCGCCGUCCGCCGGCCGCGCCGCCCGCCUCUCCCCGCCCCUCGCUCGCUCCCGCCCGCCGCCCACGCGCCUCCUCGCGCUCGUGCUGGGCACGGCGCCGCCCGUCUCCCCGUCCCGCGCCGCCCCUCCGCGGCGUCUGCGUGCCACCUCGCGCUCGCGCCGCCGCCCGUCCCGGAAGAGAAAUGGAACUGGGUGAUAAGGCAGUUGGUUUUCUGCUGACGCUAACGAGCUUAUCCAUCUUCACCUAUUAUACAUUCUGGGUCAUUAUCUUGCCGUUCGUUGACAGCGACCACUUUGUGCACAAGUACUUCCUGCCUCAAGAGUAUGAGAUUUUGAUACCAGUGAUUGCCGGCGUGGUUCUCCUUUGUUUCUUGAGCAUCUUUGUGGGUCUCGUGAUGCUCAAGUCAAAGAAAAAGAAGACCACUUGAUUGGGUUUGCCAUGUACAUUGUAGUACUCUUCACUUACUAUGAUGAUUAAAUCCAUGAAUUCAGAGCCCAUGUAAUUGCUAGAAGCUCGGUAAACAGUUCCAUCAUAUUGAAGGCGCUCACUUUGUAACUCAGAUCUCUGUUUUCAUUUGUGAUUCUCAGAUCAAGUUAAUCGAAAGAUGACCACUCAGGUUGUCGGUUUUUCUUUAUUGUGAAA